AUGACUUCAGGUAGCGUGCGCCGUACCCGAACUUUGACGGCCUCUGCAUCCUAUGCGGCCACUAGGGCACGCAAGCCCAAUCUCGUUUUCGUCUUCACUGAUGACCAGGACUACCACCACAACUCGCUGGACUAUAUUCCCGCUCUGCAAGAGCAUCUUGUGGCCAAGGGAACCUCCUUUACAAACCACUACGCCACAAUCGCGAUAUGCUGUCCCAGUCGGGUGUCUCUGAUGCGCGGUCAGGCUGCACAUAACACGAACAAUACUCAGGUCAAUGGGCCAGGUGGCGGCUAUCCCAAAUUCACCACUGCAGGCGAAGAUGAUGACUAUUUGCCACACUGGCUGGUCCAGGCCGGCUACCAGGCUGAGUACAUUGGUAAGCUCUACAACGGGAAUUCGCUGUUGAAAUACUCGCCGGCGCCCAAGGGCUGGAGUCACAUCGACGUUCUGCUCGAACCAUACAUCAAUGUGCACAAUAGCGUCGUGAUGUCCGAGGAUGGCGCAACGCCGACGUAUUACCAUGGAUGGCAGCAGAGCGAUGUCGUACGCGUCAAGGCCCUGGCACGGCUGGAACACCUGAUCGAGCUACAAGACCCCUUAUUCCUUAUGGUAGCCCCGACAGCACCGCAUGUCGAAAACCUGACGGACCCGCCAACACCACCAUCGCGUUAUGUCAACAAGCUCGCUAAUUUGACGAUACCAUACCGGCCAAACUUCAACCCGCCAGACGAUCUGCACAAGGAUAUGCCCAGCUGGUGGGCUACACUCCCUCGCUUGAAUGAGACCCAGCUCAGCGAAACACAACUCCUGUACCAGCGGCGUGUGGAGGCGCUCCAAGGCGUGGAUGAUAUCAUCGAGGACGUGGUGAAUGUUCUUGAAGAGAAAGGCGAGCUGGAUAAUACAUACAUCAUCUUCUCGACCGACCAGGGCUACCACUUGGGAACGCACCGCGACGUGGGCAAAUGCUCGCCGUACAUCGAGGACGCCAACAUCCCACUGGUGGUCCGAGGGCCGGGAAUCAAGCAGGGCCAGGUCUCGCGCAUCCCUAGCACCGUCACCGACUUCGCCCCGACGUUCCUCGACAUCACCGGCCUGGCCGAGGAGGACCGGCCGCCCUUCCUCGACGGCACCAGCAUGCUCGAGGCGUGGGAGGACCCCCACAACCUCACCAUAGGCCGAGCCAAGGAGGCCAUCAACGUCGAGUUCUGGGGCCGCGCCUUCUCCGAGAUACCCACCUGGACCGGCGGCGACCGCCUGCCCGGCAUGUACGCGAACAACACGUACAAGACGAUGCGGAUCGUCAACAAGGACUACGCGUUCGUCUACUCGCGCUGGUGCACCGGCGACACGGAGCUGUACGACACCCUUAACGACCCCUACGAGAUGACCAACCUCGCCGGGUCGGCCGGCCCGGACGUCGCGCGCGUCAUGUCGCGCCUCAACGCUCUCCUGAUGGUCAUGAAGUCUCUCGCCGAGGCCUUGGACCCGGUGUACGACGAUUUCUUUGCCGCCAUCCCCGAGGUCGCUAUUGCUGAGUGCAUGGCGUAUCAGUUCGCCGCCAAUGAAGUUCCGUUCUACCCGCCCGAGGCCCAGUACGGCCUGGGUCUGGAGUAUCGAGGCGAGCCUGAGUACUACGAGUACCCCGACGUUAAACCCGUCAAGAGGGUCCCAUGUGUCCCUGGUGGCGGGUGGGAGCAACGGCACGCCACGUUCGAGACGCUCUUAUCUGAUGCAAGGACUCUCACAGCGGAUGAGCUGCAGCAAGCCUGGAACCAGACCACUUGUAAUGAGGGGAGCACUUGCACCGAUGUAGGCCUAAAAUCUGUACCACAUUGA